AUGUUAGUACAAUUCGCAUUUACCAGAGGGCGGCCGUUUUCGGCAACUCCCCCGUUCCGGUUUAGCGCCCGUCCCGUGGUUGCCCGAUGCGGUUUGGCGCCGACCCGGUCGGGUUUAGCCUCCCGCGCUAUACCGCGCGGGGAACUGCCGCCCGUCCCUGCCUUCACCUCGUCCGCUGAACUAUAUAAGGCCGCUGCACCGUCCCUCAGCACCCUGCAGUCUCGUCACGCGCACUGGACCAGCCUGCUCCGGCCUCCACCCUUCGGAGAUGACCGUCCCCCAACAAGGACCGCUCAGCCUCCGUCUGCCCACCGUCGACGUGCAGCUGUGAAACCGCCAGGCGACCAUGGACUGCGUCCGCAGUCUGAUUUCCUGAUCUUACUGGAGGGCCCAACACGGCGGUCGAUCGUCAUGUCUGGCUGGCUGACGGUGCUUUCCUCCGGGCCAUCCAGCCUCGACAAGUGUUGCCUCCGCGAACUCGGCCAGAUCAUGAAUACCAAUGGCAAAAAUGCCUCAAUGGGGCUGCAUCGCCUGCGAUGGAGUUUAGGAGAUUCCGGUUGCGUAACUAGCUCAGCGCCUGGAAUUGAUCGCUCGUUGGCUGUGCUUGCUGAUUGCCUUAAGCGAGCGAUGGAUACGCCUGAUUGGGAGGAAUGUCGUGUCCAGGAUGAGUUGCGACGAGCAAUCCCGUCGCGACCUGGUGUGAAGCCCGUUCGUAUCUCUGCCAAUGUCCGCCAGGCUGACUUGCAAACGAAACGAUGUGACGGGCGAAUCCUGGAUUCGACAGAAGGUAUGGCUCUGGCAGAACUCAGUUUGAAGGUGUCGGAGAAGGGUCCAGAGACGCACCAGGCUUGUGGCUUCCUUGAUGAGACUGCCACGGAUAUAUCCUGGAGCCUGAGCGCCCCUUCAGUAGGUGUUGUGGUGGAGGAUGUCUUGCAGAAGCAGUCGGAUGGGCAGGCGUCCCUCUCAAUGCAGCCUGCCACUUCUUCAGACUCUGAACUGGUUGCAACUGAGCAGGAAGUUCUAGAGUUGCCAAAGUCUAGAACUCUGGGCUCGCCUGAAGAAAGUAUUAAGGUCUCACGGAUUUCACGCCAGAGCAGUGCACGGUCGACGCCAUUAAUUGGUGACUAUUUAUGUGCGCGUAUCUCUCGGUCACCUUCGAUAGGCGUCCUGGAGCACACACUUAACCCGGGAAGGGAACAUCGAACUGAAAAUAUCCAUAUCAAAGAAAGGACCGUUGGAGACUCUCAGGGCCAGGAAGCCGCAAGCUAUAGAGCUAAGGAUGCAGGAAGUAAAGCAGGUUGCACGGAGAGCCUCAGACACGGGACCCUUGGGGCCGAAGACCAAAACGCAGGAUGUACUUCGGCGUUGGCCGAUGACGCCACGAGAGAGCAUUCAGGUUCACCCCAGAGGCCGCCGGAAAACGUCUUUCCGUCCACCUCUGGUGAAGCGCAGGAGGUCUUUGGCCGAGGAAUUUUGCGCAUCCAACCCCAUGGACCUCGGAAUGCGUAUGUCAUCACAUUUCUGCCGGAUGUCGUCCAACCGGCGUCUAUGUCAUCGAUGUCCGAGAUGCCUUGCGAGAAGCCGUCCCACUCCACUGGCUGUGGACCGGCGAAUCCGGCAAAUGCCCGAGUGGCUGACGGUGUGCCAGGUGGAGAAAAAGAUCUUCCCAUCGACCCUUUGAUUCUCGCCGAUGAUGAGCCGUGGGAGGCGGGAGAUCUACGUCAGCCCUUCUCUCUGGGUGACGAUCCUAAGCCUUCGGAGACGAUAUGUCCAUAUCCAGACCCGUCUCCCCUUUUCUCCAGUGCAAUUGAACAGCAAGACUCCGUCAUGCUGAGGCAGGACAAAGAUGCUCAGUUUAUCAGCUCCCCUCACGACUGUCACAGCGUUGCGGCCGGCAAUCCUCCCUCCAGUAACCCUCCGGGUCCCGCCCACGGUGGUAGACAGUCUAAAUCUCGCAAGCGAAAGCCGCGCCGACCGGAUGGACAACAGCCCAAACGGGUUCGAGGCCCUCAUACGUCCACCCCAGAGGGGAAUUCGUUUGCAGCGCUCCACACUCAUUUCAUGUCUCUGCUGCUUGACAAGCGUUUGCAAUUCCUCCCUUGGCUGUUGGAAGGUGUCCUGCCACAUCACAUGCCUAGGCCUGAUCCGCUGACAACUGGGAAUGGAGAUGCGCGGCCAGCAAGUCGCCUGACUCAACGAAUCCAAAACACCACCUCGCAGGGACGAGUUCACCUUGAGCACCCAACCGCAGAUGACGCCCAUGCAAGUCAUUUUGUGGCCGUCCAUAGACCCUCGACAAGGGACCAUGGCCGUGCGGAGAAGCAGACUACCAAGGUGCUGGAAACUCAACCUGUCGUACAGAAGUGGGACUAUGAUUACCCGGCCGAUGGAGGACUAAACCAGACCCUCACGACUACCAGCCACGAUGGGCUGACCACCAAGAAGGAGGUUAGGUAUUCUCUAGUGACUGGGCAAGCUAUCGCCCAUACAGACCAAAGUUGUGUGCAGGACCGCUUCGACUAUGAUAAACUUGGCCGCGUCGUAAAGGCCACAACGGCUCUUGGAACGCCGUAUGAAGCGGCACUGUCCCAAGAAUACGCCACCCUAGAAGACGGACAGGGAGCUUCCCUGACGACAUCAGUCAGGGCAUCUAAUGAGACGUUCCGAGUGGUACAGGAACGCAGCUAUAACGAGCUGGGGCAAUGCGUCAAGGUGGUCGAGAUUGACUGGCUGCGGAAGAAAGACGCAGCACCGACGGAACAGCGGAGCGUUCAGACUCUGGAAUACGACGAUUGGGGGGAGGUCUGCAGGACAGUUAAUGGCGACGAGAUGGCGACCAUCUCGCUCUACGAUCCGACUGAGUUGACUCGGACGGAAGGCAUCGAGGGUGAAGGCCAGAGCAAGGCAUACCUCAAUCUUUUCGGUUCCACGGACAAGAUAGAGCUGCUCACAAGGAAGGGGAAGGUAGAGAGUAAAGUUGAGUAUCAUUACGAUGGCCUCAGCCGCCUUGUUGCCGAGGUAGAUGCCUUGGGUCGCACCACAGAGUACGAAACCGACUCGUUUGAUCGAAUCUCAAAAAUCACUUGGCCUGGUAGCCGAGUGGUCGAAACCCGCUAUGCAGGCCACAGUGCCUCUGCAUUGCCCGAGUCCGUGACCGUCAAUGGACGCACCCUCGGUGCGCAGUUAUAUGACGGGCUUGAUCGUGUCAAGGAGAAGACGAUCGGGACCCGCACCACUCUUCAGCACUACAAGAACAGCUCGCCAGAGCCGCACGAACUCAUCUCGCCAAGGGGCACCCGCGCCGACCUCGAGUACGAGCCAAGUUCGGGGUACGCGCUCACACACAGAAUUGCCGUUAAAGGCCAAGGCACUGCCGGAAGUCCCAACGAAGACAGCUACGGGUAUAACGCGCGAACUGGGGCGCUUUCAAAGCUGAGAAGCCCAUACAUUACUGUUGAUCUCGAGUAUCUUGCCUCCGGUCUUCUGUGGAAGGAGACGAUCCAGGUGGCCGAUGGACCUAAGUUCUCUACCAUCUCUACCUACACCAUGGCGGGGAAGCUGCAGGGAUACACGGAUGUACACGGGCAUGAAUAUGAAGCCCAGUAUGAUGCUGAUGGCCGAGUUGACAAUUUGCUCCAGGGAUCUCUGAAAGUCGGGUUCACCCACAACGAACGCGGUUAUGUCUCGGAGGCAGAAGUCAAGGACGAAGAUAGAAAUAGUAUCCUGACUACUCGUUUGUGGUAUGAUGACUUUGGCCGCGAGACGGACCGGGCGAUUCUUCAUGGAACUAAGACCCUGUUCAAGCUGAAACCGAUUUACGGGCCCACUGGCCUGGUGGCUGAGCGGGAUCUCAAGGACGAGGAUGACAAGGUGCUGCGGCACGAAGGAUUUGAAUACGAUGUUCACAACCGCCUUGUUGACUAUACCUGCAGUGGUGAGGAGAGUCAGCUGCCUGUCGAUGAGCAUGGGCAUACGAUCCUGGGUCAGAAGUUCGAGUUUGACGAUUUCGAGAAUCUGAGCAAGGUUAUAACUCGCUUCCAGGACGGGAGUGAGAAUGUCGCAACCUAUACCCCUAGCGAAACCAAUCCAACGCAGUUGGACAAGAUCACAAACACGCACAAAGACUUCCCUGCCGACAUUGACUUGGAAUAUGAUGAGAAUGGCUGCUUGACCCGCGAUGAGAAAGGUCGCACCCUAGAAUAUGAUGAUAUGAAUAGGUUGAUAGCCGUUCGAGACGCCGGUGGUAAGACGGUCAGUGAGUACCUGUACGAUGCGACAGGGAGACUAGUCUGUCAAAGAGUCCCCAAUGAGCCAGACUACCAUCUCUUCUAUUGCGAAGACCAGCUUAUAGCCGUCAAAGCGGGCGACCGCAAGAUGAGCUAUCUGUCCGAUGGCGAGGUAUACUGGGGGCAAACAGUUCUUCACGAGGAGAUCAUCGAAGACAUAAGAAGAGCGAAGCACAUGUUCACCCACUGUGAUCUCACAAACAUUAUUAACUCACUGUGGACUGAUGAUGACCCCAAAUUCAUCCACCCGAGUUUCCGUGUCGCAAUGAGAGAGCAUGGAAAGCUACGGUUCAAUCCUGUUGCCUUCCCGUUGGAGAUGGCUUUUCAGGAUGGUGCUUUCCGGCAUAUCCAUUCGCUGGAUACCUUGAAAAGGUGGAAUCCUAAUCAUAAUGAGCCAAUCCCACUCCUCUGGGCAUCAUCUGUGGCCGAGGAACCUGUUUUACGAACCGUGACCAGAUUUGGUGGAAUAUCAAAGCGUCCAUGGACACGAGAGUGUUUCUGCAGUCUAUUCAGGGCAGUUGUCAUCAACGCUGGAUAUCCAGAGAUCAUUACGAUCCAUACUUUGCGACGUGGCCUUGCCAAUAGGCUUGACAAAGUGGCAACCGAUGCUGAGAGGAGCCAGGUCCUCACACAAAAGGAUCCGAAUGUUUUCGGAAGAAGUUACAUAGACAGCACCUCAGCGCUAAGCCCCAUGGAUGUGUUCCUAGGUGAGGCAAUGCGCCUCGACCACGUCGAGUAUCUUAGAGGUGUGGGCAAAUACCGUGCAAUAGGAUAUCCGAGACAUUUGCCAGCGCAGAGACAGCAUGCUAUUCAGCAAAACCAAGACCUGCAGGAACUCGGAAAGCGACUUCAGGAGCUGCAUGUACAGCAGAAGGCCAACGACGAUGAUUCUGAUGGCUAUGAGGAUAAGGAUGACGACGAUAGCGAUGCUGGCGAUGCUGACGCGGACGCCAAGUUUGCCAUCAGGCUAACAAAGAAACAAGUGCAAGUCUUGAAAACUCGUCUUCACGACGCCGAGUUAGCUCAAUAUCGGAAAGAGUGGAUCGAAAGUCGAGUGGAAACGCAGGUAAAAUCAGGAGGCAAGGCUUCGGAAGCGAUCGUGUUUAACGAUAUUACGCGCUGCCUUUGCAAGGCUCAGCCCGAACGUCGGCAUCUUGCUGAGAUGAUACCCUCGGAAGAGCUCCUAUCCUAUCAGGAGAUGCUCUCCGCGUUCGACUCUGAGAUCCAACUUCGUUACCAUCUGAGUGAUAUACAUGGGCUGCACAAGGCAAUCUGGGAUGAAGCGGAUGAUCCCUCUGAAAAGGAAGACUCGGCUCAAGCUGACUUCUCCGUCAAUACCGGUAAGAAGCGACGGCAAGGGCGGGUUGGGCAAAGGGACAAGAAAAUACAGAGAGUUGGCAACGGACAGGGUGAAUGUCUUCAAAUCAUCCAAUGGGAGUAUCCAAACUCUCCUAGCCAUCCUACACCCCUGGCCCCAUCUGCUGGCGACAAGGGACAAAGCCCGCAUUUGGCAAACUCAAACGAAGCAGUUACUUAUUUUUGGGACCAUCAUGCCGAGAACGCCUUGGAGGCCGACGCUGAAGCAGGAACAACAUCCAACACCAGCUGUGGCAGUAGCAUUUCUAAUGGAGACCGCCAACCUCACUGGGAUGGCUCUAUUUUCUGUGGCUCUGACUCGUCCACCCCCCUGAGCCUUACCGCAAGCGUUUCGUUUGAACCUUCAACGGCCGGAACUAGUCCUGAUCUUCUACCAAUUGAUCCGCAGAUACUCCAAGAAGCCAAUAACCCGCCAGUUGGAGCAGCGUUGCUGAGUUUUGAAGAUAUCCUGACGGAGGAGCAAAAGAGACAGUAUCACGCCAAUACUACGAAACCAGAUGCUGCGAGCAUCAUUGCUUUCGUUGCAGACAUCGAUGCCAACAACAACAGUACGAACAGGAGGUGUGUCGCGCCACGCUUGUGCACCUUUCUGGAGGCAACACAACAGUUUAGCAGCGUCGUGGAUACGUUUGUUAGCUCCAAUCCCACACUCGCCGCCCUAAUUUGGGGAGGCGUGAAGAUGGCCAUAUUGACGGCUAGCAAUGUCGCGUCUUACUUCGACAAGGUUACCAGCAUGAUCAUGGGAAUCGGAAAGUCGUGUCCGACGUAUCAGAAAUUUGGUCAACUCUAUCCCGGCUGUGUCGGGCUCCAACGUGCGUUAUGCGAUUACUAUGCCAUCAUUGUGAAGCUGUGCAUCAAGAUCAUCGAAGUCUCACGGCGGACUGCUAUUACACAAACAUUAACAGCCAUCUUCGUUCCCUUCGAGUCCGAGUUCAAAUCUUCGCUAAAUGAAGUAGACCAAGCCGCGAAGGAUAUACAGUUGCAAAUAUCACUUGCCUCGAAGCAGACUCUUGAGGAAGCAAGAAAGUUACUGGAGCACGAAAGCCAGGACAACACAGCAUUCCGGCGGUUGACGUCGAAGUUCCAAAAAGAGACCGAAAAGGAGCAUGCUGAAGCAAAACAGUUGCGAAUCAUUCAGAUGGAAAGAGAAGCUGCAAAGUUGAAAUCUAGCAUUAGAGAUAAUCUUUCGUCCGUCAACCAUGUUAAGCCAUGGAAGCAGGCUAUGCAACAACGUGUUCCCUCCACAGCCGAGUGGCUGCAGCAGGAAUCCCUUUUUCAUCAGUGGAAGGACGACCGGGAUACUGCCAUCCUCUGGUGUUCAGGCACAAUGGGUGUGGGUAAGACAGUGCUCAUGUCUAAUGUAGUAGCCCAACUGCAUGCAUCACGCAAAACCAACGACAUUAUAUCCUAUUACUUCUGUCGCGCUGACGAUGCGCCAACCCUGUCAGCAAGGAGCAUUCUGGGAAGUCUCGCUCGCCAAAUAUUAGAUUCCCAGAUCGAGAAUGCCGAACAUGAAAGUCUACGCGCCAUAGACAAGGAUAGUCGUGACCUCGACACAGCUAAGGUCAUUGAUUUCUUAUUGUCUCACCUUCAGGUUGGCAAGACGUACUAUCUAGUUCUCGAUGGUCUCGAUGAAUGUGAUGGGGGCGAUAUUCAAAUGGUGGCGCGGAGCCUGGCUCAACUCUGCGACAAGCAUGUUAGUGACAUCAAAAUUCUCUGUGCGGGCCGCCCUGAGCUUGAAAAAGAGCUAUGGAGAGUGAUUACACCCAAGUAUAGGAUCCAAGUGACUGAGAGGAAAGUUGAGUCAGACAUGGAUCACUAUAUCACCACGAUUCUGGGUCGCUGCCUGGAAGAGGAGCAGCUGAAGCUAGGGGAUCCGAAGCUCAUCAUGCCGAUAUCCAAAGCUCUACAAGAAGGAUCUAAAGGGAUAGCCGUCAGUGACUGUUGUGGGUUAACAUUUAUCAAUGAAGAGGACAACACUGUGCACUAUGUUCAUCAAAGUGUUAAACAACACCUUUUCACCAUCCACAGUCUACACUCGCCGGACUUUGAUAUGGCGAGAAUUGAUCAGCAUCUCGGAUUCCUCUGCAUGACCUACCUUGAUUUCACUGACUUUAAGCGCCAGCUAAUGAAGGUCAAAGAGGGCUCCAACAUUCCUAUCAAACCCCUUCAGCUUGGGACUUUCCCCAUCAGUCGUUCAAGCAAUGUCACCAGUCGAAUAGCUCUGAAGCUACUUUCCUAUCGUCGUCAAUUACAGCAUCUCAGCGCUCAAGAGCUAGAGAGGAAGGCCCAAGAAGUACUUGGCGACCUGGAGUCUUCACGUCUAGAGUUGGAAAUCCAGAAACGAGACUUCCAGUUUUUCAACUACGCCUGGACUUAUUGGAUUAACCAUGUGGCUGAUCUGGAUCCUGACGCAGAAAACAAAAUGUGGAGAUUAUUUUGCCGAUGUGUAGAAGGUAAUGAUAUUCUUGCAUGCAGACCCUGGGAGUCAAAGCAGCAGAACCAUGGAGAAAGGAGCAAUAUACCGAAGGAGAUACAGUGGCUAGUACCCCACGGACAUUACAGCUUACUUCUGUACUAUGCCAAGCAUCAGUCACAUAUUUUGACUGAAAAUGUGAAACGCCAAAUCCUUUGCAACACCGCCAUUCAUGACCGUUAUCGCUUCACAGAGCUGAUCAUCCAACAAAUGAACACUUCCAGAGAAACCUUGAAUCGUGGAUUGCUAUAUGCUUCGAGAGAAGGGUGCAAUGGUUCAGUGACGAUUUUACUCCAAGCAGCGGCCUAUGUGAAUGCUCGAGUGUGUGACCGAACAGCGCUGCAAGCAGCAGCAGGAGGUGGUCAUCUUGAGGUAGUGGAGAGACUGCUGGCAGCAAGAGCCGAUGUCAAUGCACCUGCUGCUGAUGAUUAUGGACGAACGGCACUCCAAGCAGCAGCAGAAGGCGGCCAUCUUGAGGUAGUAGGGAGACUGAAACAGGCUGGUGCACGGUGA